GUCAUGAUGAUGGCUGGCACGGAGUAGAGAGAGCUGCAUCGCUGUGAAACUUGCCAGCCGCAGCCAGCGCAUCAUGCGACUACUCGUCGCAUGGCUGCUCACCACAGCAGCAGCUCUCACAACGUACGCCCCACCACCACUGCGAGUCCUCGAGACGCCGACACGAGACGAAGUCGACGCCUGCGCCGCCACGAUGUGCGAGGGCUUCUGGACGACGUCGCAGCUCACGCCCGCCCAGAUCGCCGCGCUCCACAAGACGCAGAGCGAUGAUUUUCGGACGCGUUUCUCCGGCAAGCGGCGGCUGCGGGGCUCGCUGCUCGUGGUGCCCGACGACGACGAGGGCGUCGCGGCGAUGGCGUCGCUAGAACUUGGAUUAGUAGAUGUGGUGGCGCGGGCCGUGCUCCCGCGCGAUGAUGCCGAACGAAAGUUUAUAGCGGCGCUGGGCCGCCUCACGACGCGCGACCGGAACAUCUUGCUGCGCGCGCCGAUCCAAGAAGUUUGUGGGACGCUCUUCGACGGCAACGUAAGAGUCGUGCCACUCGUGUCCAACGUGGCAGUGCUGCCGACGAGCCGGCGGCGCGGCCUCGGACGCCGCGUCAUGCGCGCCUGCACCGAUCUGGCCGUCGACUGGAACUACGACGAAGUGGUCCUCGAGGUCGAGGCCGCGAACCGCGCGGCGGGCGCGUUGUACGACAACAUGGGCUACCAGGAGCUCUGGCGCGACACGCGGAGCGCUCUAAAGGUGGAUGCAUCCGUCGAGCAGGGCCCGCCGCUGCGGCGGCGGCCGGACGUCGAGCACGUGGCCAUGUGGCGGGGCGGACUGCUCUCUUAA